AUGAAUAUAAAGAGAUAAGUAAACUCAACUUCUUUUUUCGAUAAUUCAAAAGGCUCUUUAUGGCAAAAUACAACAGCUUCACGUAAUAUCAAUGAGUCUCUUUAAGAAAAUUUUUAUAUUUACUCAUGCAAACAUAAAAUCUAUAAAGUAAAGACCUUAUACUUGUAAAGUCAUUUCAUUUUUAAAAGAAAAAAGAAUGUAAUUAUAUUUCAUUCUAUUAUAAGAGUUAAUAUCAAAUUGCAGAUAUUCUCAAUGCAACAAUUUGUGAAGUUGAGCUACCUAAUUAUGGUGCAGGAAUUAGAAUAACUAAAGCAGGUCAGCUUAUUGAAAUAUAUGGAAUGACUAUAACCUGGCUUGAAUAAUUAAGAUUUUAUUGCAUUCAGCAAGAUUUUGCUAACAAAUAUAGUAUCUCUAAGUUACUUGGAAAAGGUACAUUUGGCAAAGUAUUAAACUAUAUAAGAAAUCUUAGGUAUUUAAGAUAAAAUCAAGAAUUACACAAAGAGACUUUGCUGCAAAAGUAUUUGAAAAGAAAGCCAUUAUUAAUUAUCAGGAUUAUUUAUUGAUAACAAAGGAACUACAAAUAAUUAGAAGUCUAAAUCAUCCAGGAAUCACUAAAUUUUUUGAAACAUAUGAAAGUGAUUAACAGAUUAUUUUAAUUUAUGAAAUGGUGGAGCAAGGAGAAUUAUAUACUUUUAUAAAAGAAAGACAUCUUUCUGAAGAGGAAUCCUUAUUAAUAAUUAAAUAAGUAUUAUAAGCACUCCUUUAUAUUCAUUCAAAAGGAAUAUUACACAGAGACUUAAAACCUUCCAACCUUCUAUUAAGAGAUAAAAACACUUUAUCAAUAGUCAUUGCAGAUUUUGGAUUGGCAGAAUUCUAUAGGGUUGAUGGAAAAUAUAUUUAUACUAGAUGUGGAACUCCUGGAUAUGUUGCUCCAGAAAUAUUAUAGGAUAAAAUAUAUGAUUACAAAAUAGAUGUUUAUAGUGCAGGUGUCAUUCUUUUUAUGAUGUUGAGUGGUGGCAAAUCUCCUUUCAAUAGUACAGAUCCAGAAGAGAGAUUGUUUCAAAAUUAUAAAAAUUUAAUAGAUUAUUCUUUGGUAUCAAAUGCUUCAGAAGCUGCAUAUAAUUUAUUAUAAAGCAUGCUUGAAUCUGAUAAUACUAAAAGAAUAUCAGUCAGAGCUGCAUUAAAUCAUUAGGUUUUUAGAAAUUAUAGAGCCAGCAAAUGCACUAUUAUUAUUAAAAAGACUCCAAAAAGCAUUGAUAAAAUAUCAACUCCAAGACUUAUAAUAAAUACAAAUAACAAUUUAGAUAAAUAUUUAUAAUUAUCACCAAAAUUAUAAAAUUUAUCAUCAAAACCAAUUAACAAUAUGAAAUAAGAGGCUAUUAGAAGAGGAUUUUAAAAAAUGUAAACAUUCUCACAUAGGUCUCCAUAAUUAUCACCUGUACAAUCUUAAACAAAACUCGAACCAUUCUCUUGA